AUGCACUUAGGAACGGUCGUCUCAUCGGCACCUCAAAUUUCUAAGGCAUCUCGAUCUAACGCUCUGGCAGCCUCGACUAUCAAGCCUGAAUGCCAAAGUUCGGCUUCCCCGAGUCAUAGAUCUUCAUUCAUCCGAAAGACAUCCACAAGAUCAACACCCAAAAGUACAACAAUUCCUACAAGUCGAUCUUCAACGGAAUCCGGAAUUCCAUUAUCUCGUGUAAUAAAACCAACCACCACUCCUAACAUCAUAUCCACACCUACUCCGCUUUCCUCCGCAGCCUCCUGCAAUGUCAAUGAGUCUUUUGGGUUUAAGGGAUUUGUAAUUUCCUUCAUAAUCCUUAUCUCAUUUAACACCUUACUUUAG